AUGUGCUCCUUGAGAUCCGCCUCAUCUCGCUGGCGACAAUUCCAAACUGCAACUCGCCCCGAGGGCGUUAGCGUGGCUGAACUCAGACUCUUGGGCCAUCGACCGGGCUCUCCAUCGGCCGCAGAGUUCCGAGACUCAUCUCGCGCAAUUCAAUCCGAUACUACUAAGGAUAAGCUUCCCCUGCUUCACCUUGGUGAUACAACACGCGGCCGCUUUGGGCAGCGGCCUGUCCAGGCUGUAGUCGGUGCUUGCCAAGAACCACCAAAAGGACAUGAAGCGUGA